UCACUUUGAUCCACAAUCACUCUCGGCGGUCUUGGACUUUCCCUUCACUUCCUAGCUUUUUUAUUUUCCGUGUGCGCGUGACUGGACUCACCUCCUAAGUCUUGUCACAAUAUGCUUUUUAAAACUUUCUUUGUUUUUGUGUUAUUCAAUGCUGCCUCCACAGCCGGCGAGUUGACAGCAGCCACAGUAUACUGGGAUGCCCAACACAAGACUGUCCUGCUGAAGGAGGGUCAAAUGGAGGUCGGCGGAGAUGCGUACGGCUUCCUGAACGACAGCCUGUCCACGACAGGAUGGAGUGUCCUGGAGAUCCGGGCCGGAUACGGACAAACCCCCGAGUCGGAUGAGGACAUUUUUUACCUGGGGGGCUUCCUUGAAGGCUUUCUGACUGCACGCCAGAUGAUAGAUCACUACACCAACAUGUACCCUCAACUCAUCCGUGACCCCACCAUCCUGGGCCCGCUCCAGACCUUCAUGAAGCAGCAGGACUCUUGGACCAGAGAGCAGGUGAAAAACAACAAGAGUUCUGAUCCUCUGUGGAAACACGCCGGCUUCAUCGUGGCCCAGAUGGAUGGCCUGCAAGCAGGAGUUGCAGAAUGGGCCAAGAGACAAGGGAAAAAGCCGCUGUCCAUGUUUGCCGUCCAGUUCCUGAACGCAGUCGGAGACCUGCUGGAUCUCAUCCCGGCUCUGGUCCCAAGCUCUGCCACGCCGCUUAAACACCCCAAACUUCCAGGGAUGGGACACUGUUCUGCUCUCAUAAAGAUGCUCCCAGGCUUUGAGAACCUCCUCUUUGCCCACUCCAGCUGGUACACGUACGCCGCCACCAUGCGUAUCUACAAACACUGGGAUUUCCACGUCACUGAACCUCACACGGCCACCGGGAAACUCUCCUUCAGCAGCUACCCAGGGUUCCUGGUGUCCCUGGAUGACUUCUACCUCCUAGGGAGCGGUUUGAUGAUGACCCAGACCACAAACGACGUCUUCAACUCCUCCCUUUUUGACGUCGUCACCCCCAAAAGUCUGCUGGCCUGGCAGAGGGUUCGACUGGCUCACAGUCUGGCGCAUACCGGAGAGGAGUGGGCCAAAAUAUUUUCAAAGUACAACUCAGGAACCUACAACAAUCAGUACAUGGUAUUGGACAGGAGCAAAGUGAAGCUGGGCCACAGCGUUAGCGACGGCGCUCUGACUGUCGUGGAGCAGAUCCCCGGACUGGUGGAGUACUCGGACCAGACCCAAGCGCUGCGUCUCGGCUACUGGCCGUCCUACAACGUCCCCUUCCACCGGAACAUCUACAAGCUGAGCGGCUACGAGAUGAUGUGGCAGGAACUAGGAGAGGACUUCUCCUACGACCUUUGCCCCAGAGCCAAGAUCUUCCGCCGUGACCAGGGGGGCGUCAAGGACCUGGACUCCUUGAAGCACAUCAUGAGGUUCAAUGACUACAAGAAGGAUCCAUACUCCAAAGGGGACCCCUGCAAGUCCAUCUGUUGCCGUAACGACCUCAAGACGGAAAAACCAUCUCCGGGCGGUUGCUAUGACACCAAGGUGACCGAUUUCCAAAUGGCGGCCGAGUUCCGCACGGAGGCCGUGAACGGGCCGACCACGCAGGGCGGACUCCCGCCGUUCGUGUGGGAGAAAUUCAGCAACGUCAGCCAUCAGGGUCUGCCGGCCUACUACAACUUCACCUUCGUCAGGAUGGAGCCCCUCCUCUUCCGGCCUUAACGCUUCCUGCAGGCAAGGUAGUGGGGGGGGGGGGGGGGUCGCCGGUGACGUCAACAACGUAGCCUAGCUAAUUGAUUUUACCAAACUUUAGACUUUGGACUUUGGACUGGACUUGACUCGGACUUUAGCCUGAUGACUUGAAAAUACUUGAUAUUUGCAGUGAGUAUGUGUAGUACAACGUGUACCCAAUACCAAGUAUUCAACUCAGAUGACCGUUAUUAUGACAACAUCAUAUUCAUCAGGUUAUUAACAUUAUUAAUAACGGGUUUGAGAACAAACAACCAGGGGGUGUGGCUUACAUUUCAGUUAGCGCCAGACUGUUUGGGAGGCAUCGAACGUUCAUUCGGGAAAAUUAAUAUACAGUCAUCCCUCGUUUGUAGCGCUAAUGCUAAUAAAUCAUCAAUAUGUUUAUUCCUUUCUAAAUAUGUUUUUAAACCAUAAUUAGAGCCCUGGAUACAAGAAAUAGCACCCCUAUAGUCACCUUUACACUCCUAUUAUCCCAUGCUUACACCACAUGGUCGCUCUCGAGAACGGCCACUAGCUCGUGAGCCAACAUGUUAGCAAGCUAACCAUUCAUUCGUUCAUUUUCUACCGCUUAUCCUCACGAGUGUCGCCGCGGGAGGUGCUGGAGCCUAUCCCAGCUGUCCCGAGAGGCGGGGUGCACCCUGGACUGGCGGCCAGCCAAUCACAGGCUGUUUUCUUCUAAACUCCUUACUUACCGCUUACCACUUCCACACAGGCUGGGAGGGGAACAGUUUUUUUUCCAAUGUCAUGUAAGGUAAUGUGUCAUUAACGUCCUUACUGCCGCCUACUACUAAUACUACAAGUAUUAGUAUUUGUAGAUCAAGUAUGUGCUGUAGAAAACCACGUUUGUACUUGAGACUUGCAGCCUGAAUGACGCUAACCAAUGCCGCUGUACGCAUGCUAGCAAAAAAAAACAACAUAUUUUAACGUAUCUCAGAUCUGUAGUCCACGUGACUUCGAGAUAAGCAAAUUGGUCGUGAUUUCAGUUUUUGUGCCCCCCCCCCGUCCACUUGAUUGUUUUAAUGACGGUGUCUCACACGCUAGCGGGAUCGAACAUUUGCAUUCAUGUGUCUCAGGGUGAAAUGAGUCAACUGUUUUGUGUGUGUGUGUUUCUACUGCAUGUAAGAUGAAAGCAGCGGCCAUGUUUGUCAUGACCGUCACUCUCAGGGCUCUCAAGCUUAUGUUUCCUUUCCGGCUUCCAUUUUACGAAUAAAGUUUUUACGGUGGUA